AAAAUGGCCGACUAAUUUUCGUGUUCGAUUUUUCGACAAAUAUCAGAAUAUCUGAUGUUUUAAACGUUAACCUAUAGAAUCGCUAGAAAGAUCAAUAGCAGAAAUCUCACUGGACAUAUUUUAUGUCUGGUUACCCCAGAAAAAUAGAUCAUUUGCAAAGAAAACGCAAGUUUCCUCCAGACGGCGAGUUGGAAGGGAACAGCAAAACAAUGGCGUCAAAAUCGAGUAAUGAAUCUGCGCACGAGAACAAUGCAAAUGAUCGAAAGAACGCAGAUAAAAGAUCCAAAAUAGAAACAAGUGAUUCUGAAAAUGUUGUCUUUCAAUGGAGUCAAAAUCCGACGACCAUGCAGAUAUCUUUCCAUCUUGGAGCAGAUGUUAAACCAGAUGAUAUAGACAUUCAGUGUAGCGAUAUUAGUCUAGAAAUUGAAAUUAAAGAUGGCAGAAAGUUUGGAUUAGCCCUGAUGCACAAAAUAGUUCAAGAACAAACUCGUGUCAAUAUGAAAGAUGGAAAUCUCAUCUUGCAAUUAAUGAAGAAAGAAGCUCACAAACAUUGGGAGAAAUUAGAGAGUGAUGCUGAAGCAGUAAAUGAAGAUGAGAAGAGGAUAAUCCCCACUCCCCCAACAGAUGUCUAUAGCAUCAGUCAUGUCAAAAAUGACUUCAUUGAAAAGAAUGACAUGCGUGUUAUGAUGUAUGUAAAGUCGAUCAACAGGAACACAUUGAGAGUAGAAUUCACGGAGAAAACAUUCACUGUUUACUUUCAAACUAAAGAGCAGAGGUUUCUAAGUCUUUAUGAGGGAACUAGUGAAGAGACAAUGUUUAAGUGGCAUAUAAUAGUCAAGGAUAGGAUUCAACCAAAGCUAUGUAGUUUUAACUUGUCCAGCUACAGAGUUGAGAUCCAUCUGAAGAAAUUGAAUGCUGCGAUAAGAUGGGGUGGUCUUGAGGCCCCCGUGGUGUCAUCCUCUGCAUCAGCCACCAAUCUCCCAUUACCUUCUUCCAACUGGGUUUCCACAUCUAAAAAUCCAGCAACAGCCAAAGUUAUGCCGAACAAAGAAAGUAGUACCAAAGAAAGUAGGUCCGGAUCUGAGCAGAAGCCACCCGUCAUAUUUGAUGAAAUGUCAAAGGUGGAAGGAAAAAAUGCAAUGAAUAAAGGAUCCAACAGUUUGAAGAUUCUAGGAGAAAGGGGUGAAAAUUCUACGCAACAGAAACCAGUAUGCACUGUGCCACCUUUGAACAAAGAUGACCAAAACAAGCAGUUGGUCAUCCCUGGUUUGACAGGUUUAGACAAUCUUGGGAACACAUGCUUCAUGAACAGUGUCAUCCAGGUGCUAGCAAACACAAGGGAACUCAGAGAUUUCUUCAUAGAUGGUGCUUUCCAGAAAGAGAUCAAUUCUGACAAUCCCCUAGGCUCACAGGGUAAGCUGGCUGUGGCAUUUGCUGUUCUCAUGAAGACUUUGUGGUCAGGAAAACAUUACUCCUACGCACCUGCUAAGCUCAAGAAUUUGGUCUCUAUGAAGGCUAGUCAGUUCACAGGUUUUGCCCAGCAUGAUGCUCAGGAAUUCAUGGCCUUCCUCUUAGAUGGCCUCCAUGAGGAUGUGAACCGCAUACGUAACAAGCCAUAUACACAGACUGUUGAAUCUAAUGACAGACCGGAUGAGAUUGUAGCCCAGGAGGCUUGGGAGGUUCAUAAACAGAGGAAUGACUCCUUUAUUGUAGAUCACCUUCAUGGACAGUUCAAGUCAAAACUGGUCUGUCCAAUGUGUGGAAAGGUGUCCAUAACGUUUGAUCCAUUUGUGUACCUGCCUGUGCCCUUGCCAAAGAGACAGCGUCUCAUUCAAGUCUACUUCAUAGCUAAGGAUCCACAUAAGAAACCUGUCAAGUACAUGUUAAAAGUACCAAGGGAUGCAGUAACGGAGACCUUGAAGGAGGCAAUAUCCAAGAAAACAGGUGUUCAUCCUAGUAAUUUGCGGGUCUUUGAGGCUUAUAGGCACAAAAUUAUAAAUUUCUUUGAUAAGGGGAUGUCCCUUAACAAUAUAGCAAGCAAUGAUCUCAUCAUAGUCAAUGAGGUGCUAUCUGAAAAGGUGGCUGGUGAACCAGUGAGAGAAAUCACAAUCAUUCAGCGUACCUUGUUGCCCCAUCAGGUACAAACUAAAUGUCUGUUCUGUAAGAGAGAGUGUGAACCAGGAGGCAAACUAAAGCGAUGUACAAACUGCUACAAGGCAUCAUAUUGCGACCAAUCCUGUCAGCGGGACCAUUGGGCCGUACACAAGAUUAACUGUCGACCAGUGCCUGAGCUGGUAGGCCAGCCAUUCAUCAUCAGCCUCCCAGAAUCUCAAGCGACCUAUGCUAGGGUCUGUCAACUAAUGGAGGGACACGCUCGUUACUCUGUUGAUGUGUUUCAACCCCCUGUAACCCAAGACUCACCUGCGAAAUCCUGUGGAUCCGUCUCUGCCUCCUCAUCCACCAGUUCAUUGGCAAACCCCACCAUGGCUCGCUUCAGUAGCAGCGACACGUCUAUUAACAGUAUAGAGACUCAAGGAUCACAUGAUUCUCAAGCCAGUUGCGAAACUGGAAGUACCUCAGUGUCUGGUGUGUCAGGAGAUGAUGACUUCACUUCACAGGGUACAGAGGGAGAUGGGGAAGCAGACAGUAUGGAACCAAACCUCAACGAUGGACUCCCUACCUCACAACAGUUGACGUACAAGGAAGAUGGGACCCCCUCUCCUGGUCUCACCCCUGUCCCUACCCCUGAUCCCUCAGAUUCAAGCAGUACCAGUACUAGUACAUCUGGCACUGUACUUGCCUCAAACACUGGCAGUUUUAGCUCUAACCUAUCCAGCCUGAACAGUGAUAGCUCUAAUGAAGGCCAGGGAUUAUUUGACAGUAACCAGAGUAUCAGUGACUCACAAGGCUGUGAAAGUGGUAUAGGGAUGACAAUCAGUACAGAGAGUACCACACCCGAAAAGUCAGAUGUGGAAAGGGAUCCACUGGGAAACUCCGUUAAGAAAAAUGUACCUGUUAAAAUGGUGCUAGGAAUACAACAGAACGUCGUUGAAAGACCCGUGCCCUUGUUUUUCUUGAAACCUUGUGACAAAGAGGGGCGUGGCUUGCAAGGACCAAUAGGAGAGAGGCUUGAGGACAAGGGAGAUGAGCUUCUCGACUUAAAUGGCAAGCCAUUUAUAGCCAUGGACUGGAAAAAUAAUGAAAAGUGGAAACAUUAUGUCCUUGUACAGACCAAAGAAUUGGAGUGUGUGGAGGAUGCCAGUAUGCAGACUGAGAUGUUGGAUGAAAACAGAGUUAUAUCUUUAGAACAAUGUUUGGAACUCUUCACUGAACCUGAAGUGCUCAACCCAGAACAUGCAUGGUACUGUCCUAAAUGUAAGGAACACAGAGAAGCCUCCAAGCAGUUAUCUAUAUGGAAGCUACCACAUACCAUGGUGAUACAACUAAAGCGCUUCUCCUUCCGUAACUUACUCUGGAGAGAUAAGAUUGACAAGAUGGUCAGUUUCCCUACUAGAGGACUUGAUAUGAGCCCAUUUUUGAUUGGCCGAAAAGUAUGUACCGAAGCUCCCCCUAUCUAUGACUUGUAUGGUAUUGUGAACCAUCAUGGUGGGAUCCUAGGGGGUCACUACACAGCAUUUGCUAAAUUGGCCGACCCCUCUGAUUGGAAGAGAAAUGAGAAAGAUUGGCGUUUGUUUGAUGAUAGCAGAGUAUCAUUCACUAGUGAAAAGCAUGUGGUAACAAGAGAGGCAUACCUGUUGUUCUACAGGCAGAGACAUGUCACUAUUUCCCCUUAUCUGGAGCUCCCUGCGCAACAUAUAGACCAGAAUAUCAGGGAGACAAACAAUGACAAUGUAAACAAUUCAAAUCAAAAUCAACAGAAAUCUACUGUAACUUCAUCCUCAAUUAACUCUGUUGUGGAGAAUGCCAAGGAUUUAGCAAAGGAGAAGGAUAUUGGUCAGGAUGAUGACUUGGAGAAUGUACGUGUGGCUGGGGAUGAGGAGGAUGAGGAUUUUCAAGGGUAUGGGUCAGUAGGAAUUGACCCAUCUAGCUCAGGACCUUCGUUCACUGAUAUGGAUGCUGUGGAUUAAACACAAUUUAUAAACAUACAAAGUUUUGCAUCACUUUUCUCUAGUAUUAGUAAGUUGGAUGUAAAAGGCCAUUUCAUUAACUGAAAGUUGAUAGUUUGAGAAGAGUAUUUUUCCCAUAAGUGCAAAAAUGGACAAAAUUCAGGGGAUUACCUGUAGACUUUGUGCAGUUUUUGAGAGGAUCCCUCGACCCUCAGCAGCAUUUACUGCUAUCAAGUGACAAUUAAAAUAAUACUACGCACAUCUUUAAAAGGGAACAAAGUCUUUCAAAUAGAAAGAUAAGUUGUUUCAUCUCAAAAAUGAAAGAAUCACAUCUUUCAAAUAAGAGACAUUAAUGUUUAAUAUGUAAUUGCAGUUUUAAAAGGCUUGGAGUAUUUGACAAGGUACAAUACCUGCCUGAAUUAUAUAUCCAUGUGUAUCAGAGUGCAGUGCUGUGUUAGAAAUCAACAAUUUAGGGAAUGAUUGAAUCAUUGUAUAGUCUAGCUACAAGCCCCUGUGACCCCCCUCCCACUACUUGACUUUGAUUUCAUAGUGCUGAAGGUAUUGGGUGGGGGGACAAAGGCUUGUAGCUAGAUUGAUUAUUUCAUUGUGACACUGCCAAGAAUGAG